CUUAAAUACAUUGUACCCUACGAAAAAAAGAAAAACAAAUUAAAUAUAACCUAAAUGGCUAAAUAUAUAGUACAUUUAUCUACUCCAUGAAAACUAGACAAUUAACAAAAAUGGAGGAAUAUAUGAAAAUGUUUCUAGAGGAGACGAGUUUUUAUAACGAAAUCGUGCUACCCAAAACGCUAACAUCUUUUUUGCCUCAUUUCUUGAGUUCUUGGCUUCGAACGACGCUUUGUGCUUUUGUGAUCUAUCCAUUAACGGCGUUUUUCUGCCUCAAUUUUUGGAAACGCUAUGCUUCUUCCUCUAAAGAAACAAUGCCUUCAAAAAGAGCAAUGGUAUCUCAAGCAAUAGGGGCAUUGACAUCGAUUCCAGUUAGCACAUUGUUUUCAACAGGGUUCGAGUGGAUGGCUGAGAAUGGAUGGACGAGAUGUUACCCUCGAAUUAGCAAUGUGGGUUGGAUUAGUUAUGUGUCAUACACACUUGUAUAUCUUGUUGUUGUGGAAUUUGGGAUUUAUUGGGCUCAUAGACUAAUGCAUGAGAUCAAGCCAAUUUACAAGUAUAUUCAUUCACCUCAUCAUCGUUAUAGUAAGGAGGUCAUGCUUUCUCCUUUUGCAGGUUGGUCGGGACACCCGUUGGAUGGAGCGUUACAAGAAACCCCGUACGGUAUAAUACUAAUGGCUCUGCCUAUCCAUUUCACAACAUUCUUGGCGCUUUUCCUUAUUGAAGCAGUAUGGGGUGUUAUCAUACAUGACAGAAGCGACGCAAAAGGUUGGCCAAUCAUGGGUUCAAAUUAUCAUACGGUUCACCAUACUUCAGGCCAUCACAAUUAUGGCAAUUAUACAAUUUUGAUGGAUUGGUUAUUUGGGACUCUUCGUCACCCUAAGGAGAAGGAUACUUCUAAUGUUCAAAAACUUCAAUGAAUAAACUCCAUGAUCAGGAAAUCGAUCUUUAAUUUGGAAUUUUUUGUUAUUAUAUUGGUUGAUAUUAAUGUACUUUGUAGUUUUAAAACAAUGUGGAUUGAAAUUGAAUUGUUACUAUGUUGAUAUUACAUUAUUUAUUCCGUGUUAAA